AUGAAUGAAGAAGGAAGCAGUUGUGGGCCUGGAGGGCCUACAAUAAUGGUAUUUCGUCCAACAUAUGAAGAAUUUAAAGAUUUUAACGAGUACAUUCUACAUAUUGAGUCCAUGGGAGCCCAUAAAGCAGGACUAGCCAAAAUCAUUCCUCCUCCAGAAUGGGUGCCAAGACAAAAGGGUUAUGAUAUUGAUGACAUUAAUAUCACCAUACCCACUCCUAUUCGUCAAGUAGUAGACGGAAAAGCCGGACUGUACACUCAAAUAAAUGUCCAAAGAAAAGCUAUGACUGUCAAAGAAUAUCAAAAACUUGCCGAUAGUGAUCGUCAUAGAACACCAAAACACACAGACUAUGACAGUUUGGAGAGAACUUACUGGAAACAGAUCAUGUAUGGUUCCCCGAUAUAUGGAGCAGAUGUUUCAGGAAGUCUCACUGAUGAUAGUCUAACUGCUUGGAAUAUAAAUAGUCUGGGCAGCAUUUUAGACUAUGUUAAUGAAGACUAUGGUGUGAGCAUUGCUGGUGUAAAUACUGCCUAUUUAUAUUUUGGUAUGUGGAAAACGACGUUUGCUUGGCAUACUGAAGAUAUGGAUUUAUAUAGUAUAAAUUAUCUUCAUUUUGGAGCACCAAAGACAUGGUAUGCAAUCCCUCCAGAGCAUGGUCGUCGAUUUGAACGAUUAGCAAAUGGUUUCUUUCCUGAUGCAUUAAAAGAAUGUCCUGCAUUUCUUCGCCACAAAAUGACUUUAGUAUCUCCACAAGUAUUGAAAAAGUACUCCAUACCAUAUAAUAAAAUUACACAAGAAGCUGGUGAAAUUAUGAUAACAUUUCCAUUCGGUUACCAUGCAGGUUUUAAUCAUGGUUUCAAUUGUGCUGAAUCCACAAACUUUGCUUCUCCUCGAUGGGUGGAAUAUGGAAAACGAGCGUCUCAUUGUUUUUGUAGAGGUGAUACAGUUAAAAUUAGUAUGGAGACUUUCAUUAAGCGCUUUCAACCUGAACGUUAUGAUUUGUGGUUGCAAGGGAAAGAUGUGGGAGCACACCCAGAAGACCCUUCACGACAUUAUGCUGCUCCUCCUCCGAAACGAGAUGUGAUACCAAGUAGUGAAAAGGAUUCCAAAGAUUUCAAGUUAUUUGUGGAAAGCUUAAUGAAUCAUAAAAGACAUCCUUUCCAUAAGAAGAUGGGUUCAUCAUUCGCCCAACAAGGUAUUAAAAUCAAUAUUCCACCUCAUAUAUUAAAGGAAAUUGAGGAAAUGGAUUCAGAAUUGCCUGAAGGGGAAAUUUUGCAAGCUCUUCACGAUACUUGGCUGAAGACGGGUGAAGAAGAAUCCGAAGGUGCUCCCGAUCAUUAUAGUAAAUCUUGGAAGCGAAGGAGUACUAGUGAGGCCAGCAAUGAACUACCAGGGAAACGAAGAAAACCAUAUCGUAGGUCUCUUCCAGGGAAAAUGUCUCGUGAUCACUUGGGCUUUAGAAGACACCGAGUCCACACUUACGAUCCAGUUGCUUUGCAAGAAACUCUGGACAGUGUUGUGAAUAGUGAAGUGUUCAGUGAACUUAAUGCUCAAAUAGAAUAUUUUGAAGGAUUGUCGAGUGAAUUGUCUCAUGAUAAUUUUCAGGAAUAUGAGAAUUCGGAGCUCAAAAAUGUUUCAGUUGUUGCAGUUGUAGGAACUGAUGGGUCAAUAGAUUUGCCCAAUAACAUUUCAGAGAACAAUCAGUCUUUAGAAGAGGUUUCUAUCCUUGUAGACUCUGAAACUGAUGUUUUGACAAGUGAAAUAACUCUCAGUGAUUCACAUGAUUAUCAUAGCUCAGUGAAUGAAGUAUCAGUUGUAACAUAUGCAGAGAAUGUGCUGGAAGAUGAUGGUGACUCAGCGUACCUCACAUAA